CUUCCUGUGCAGCUGCUGCUGGACACGGCCAGAGCACUGUGAGAUAUUGGGUAUUGAUGUAACUGGAGUGAAUAAGGGAACCUUCUUCCUGAUCAGACAUUGGAGCCUGUUAUCAGCAUGAACUCACAUGUGCUAGACAAACACAUCAAUAGUCCAUAUCCAUCCUUCUCUACAGGAAGCACCAGUCCUAUACUGCAGACUCCAAAAGUCUUAGACACUGACGACUAUUCACAAACAUUGGGGAUAUCACAGCAGAUAUUUAAAGAAGAUGGCGAAUUGGCAGGAACUGUGCAGCAAUCAUUAUGUACAGAGAGUAAUUUAGUCAUCAAACAAGAGGACAACAUUUAUGAGUUAUCUAGUGAAAUGAUUAUCCCUGAGGAUAAACCACACAUAUUUACUGGGAUUUCAAAACGUUUCAAAGAAGGGAAAAGUCUACAGUCUAGCCAUAUUAUUCAUACAGAUAAGAAACCAUUCAAAUGUACAGAAUGUGAGAAAAUCUUCACAUGUAAUUUGCAUCUCCUUGAACACUACACAGUUCACACAGCUGUGAAACCUCACAUGUGUACAGAAUGUGGGAGAUGUUUCACAACUAAAGGAAGCCUUAGCUAUCACAAAAAGACCCACACAGGGGAGAAACCUUUUACAUGUAAUGAAUGUGGAAAAAGUUUCACACAUAAGAGUUAUCUGAAAAAUCAUGAAAGGAUUCACACAGGAGAAAAACCUUUCACUUGUACAGAGUGUGGAAAAAGUUUUACAAACAAGAGGGAACUAAAAAAUCAUGAAAGGAUUCACACAGGAGAAAAGCCGUUCACAUGUACAGAGUGUGGAAAAAGUUUUACAGAAAAAAGUAAUCUGAGAAAACAUGAAAGGAUUCACACAGGAGAAAAGCCUUUCACAUGUACAGAGUGUGGAAAAAGUUUUACAAACAAGAGUGAUCUAAAAAAUCAUGAAAGGAUUCACACAGGAGAAAAGCCCUUCACAUGUACAGAGUGUGGAAAAAGUUUUACAGAAAAAAGUAAUCUGAUAACUCAUGAAAGGAUUCACACAGGGGAAAAGCCUUUCACAUGUACAGAGUGUGGAAAAAGUUUUAAACGAAUAAAUACUCUGAAAACUCAUGAAAGGAUUCACACAAGAGAAAAACUUUUCACUUGUACACAGUGUGGAAAAAGAUUUACAAAAAAGCGGAAUCUAAAAACUCAUGAAAGGAUUCACACAGGAGAAAAACCUUUCAAAUGUACAGAGUAUGGAUAAGGUUUUACUGAAAAGAGUUGUCUGAAAACUAUUGAAAUGAUUCACACAGGAGAACCCCCUUUCACAUGUACAGAGUGUGGAAAAGUUUUACACAAAUAAGUAAUCUUAAAACUCAUGAAAAGAUUCACACAGGAGAAAAACUUUUCACAUGUACAGAGUGUGGAAAAGGUUUACAGAAAAGGCAUCUGAAAUUUCAUGAAAGGAUUCCUAUAGGAGAAAAGCCUUUCACAUGUACAGUGUGUGGAAAAGGAUUUACACGAAUUGAUAAUCUGAACACUCAUGAAAGGAGUCACACAGGAGAAAAACAUUUCACAUGUACAGACUGUGGAAAAUGUUUUACAGUAAAGAGUAAUCUGAAAACUCAUGAAAUGAUUCACAAGGGAAGAAACCUUUCACAAGUUUAGAAAGUGUAAAAAGGUAUCACAAAACACCAAAUAUUUACUUACAAAAUAAACUUUAUGUGAACAGUGUGGAAACCUUUUAAAAAUUAUCAUAAAGAUGAUACACUCUCUAAAUAGAAGAGUCAAAAAAGUUUCCUAUUGCAAAAAAAUACUUUAUAAAUCCCAGUUACAAAAUCUCCAUA